UUGAAGCGGGUGCUGUAUUUGUUUCGCUUUCAAGCAGAAUCUAGAAGAACACGUGAUCGGUUCCGAUUUUAUCCGACUCCGCAGUUAGUGAGUGUUGAAAACAUUUUGAAGACUUGCUGCGUGGGAAAUUUGCUAAUCGUGCCGAUAAAAGUCAUGAGGAAAACAAUUGUCAUACCCUUCGCCGCAUUGCUAUGCUACUGCGUAGUAAACCAAGCUACGGCACAAUCAUGGCUGCAAUCAGGGAGUUUCGCACCGCUGUACCGUACAACACCGUCUCCAGUUGCCAGAGCUAGAGUUCCAACAACCAUCAAUUUUUCGAAUCGAAGAUCUCAGCUAAGUGUGGAUCUUGAUUCGUCCGUGAGAAACAUUGACACCGCAAACGAUGAACAGCUGUCACGUGCAGUGGUUGAGUUGGCCCUUCAAAUAGGUCGGAUAUCUGCCGACUCUAACAGCCCAGCAGAGGUUUUCUCACCAGUCAGCAUCAUGGGAGUGCUGAACAUGCUCCUAAUGGGUUCCAACGGACUAACUCGGGCAGAGUUGUUUGGUGCCCUCAACCUCAAUGAAAAAACUGACUACAAACAAUACCACCGAAGAGCGGGUGCUAUGAUGAGAAACCUCCUGUCCAAAACUCCGAAGCAACUCGAUCUGCUCGGUUGGAAAACGAAUACUUGCAAUACCUACGAUUACGAUUAUGAGGAUAACGAGCCUCAACCACCGGCCACUCCAAAAGUAAACAUCCUCAACAUCGCCAACGCAAUUUUUGUGCAGAACAAUCUGCCAAUAAAUCCAAAAUAUGAAUCCGCAGCUAUGGAAAUCUACGGUGCAACGACCCAGAAGAUUGACUUCCGAAAUGCACCAGUCGCUAUAUCUACCAUCAACAAUUGGGCUAACCAAGCGACCUUCGGCAAGAUCCGAGAAAUUUUGAGUGGAUCCUUCUCCACAGACACCUCGAUGGUCAUCGCUAGCUCGCUGUACUUCAAAGCUACCUGGCAAAAUGAAUUCAUUCCGAAAAUCACCAGGCCAAAAGAUUUCUACCCUGAUGGACAGGACCGGCCCACUAUCAAGGUGGACAUGAUGUCUAUGAUUCAAUGUUUGCCCUAUCUCUACGAAAAGUCUCUGGGUUUCAAAAUGAUUGGACUUCCCUAUAGUGACAACGCAACCACCAUGUAUGUCAUGAUGCCCGUAAACUCUUCGCGAGUCAAGAUACGUGAGCUGCAGAACCGGCUGACUGCCGGCCAGAUUGAUUCGAUGAUCACCAAGAUGAAACUUCGCACGACAACCCUCACCUUCCCGCGGACGCAACUUGAGAGCAGCACCAAUCUGGAGAAGUCAUUCCGCAAACUUGGCGUAAAGUCGAUCUUUAACGUUCAGAGCAGUGAUCUCGGUAUGAUGCUGAACCAGAAUGCUCGGGGGAAAACCCGUUUAUUUGUGAGUCAAAUCAGCCAUAAGGUGAAUCUUAGCGUGGACGAAAAUGGAACCGAGGGGGCUGCGGUGACGAUGACUCUCAUCGACCGGUCUGCCUCAUCAGUUUACUUUAAUGUAAAUCAGCCGUUCCUGGUUUACGUUCGGCACGAUCCCACGAGAUUACCGCUUUUCUACGGGGCGGUGUUUGAUCCGCGGGGUUGAGAAUGGUUGAAUCGUGAUUAGUGUUGGUAAGCUAUGUCGGCGCCUAUGUAUGCCAAAGAAAAGUAGAAAUCAUCAAGCGUUGAUUUUAAUUUAUUAUUUAUUGUAUAUUAAUAGAUACGCGAAUGGUGCCGUGCACUUGUUGUAUAAUGUUCGGAAUAAAUUGCAGCAGUUCAGGUGUGUUAUAAUUGAAGCAUUUUUGUUUCUACCUUAGGGGCGGUUCAAAUAUGACAUCCACAAGUUUUUCGAUUGAUUUUUUCUCGCACCCUGUGACAUGCUUUUACCCAUACCAAUUACAGGUACUGGCACAAAUUAAAGCACCCCCUCCGCCCCAAGAGUGGAUUUCAUAUUUGAAUCACCCCUUACAAGCUUGUUUAGGUCAUGCAACCGUUGGUAGUUAGACUUAAGCUGAACUGUGAACUAUCAAAUGUAACUCCCAAAAGCAUCGUCCAAAUCUCUGAAUUGCAACUUUUCUUUUGCGGGUGAAACGAAAUCUCUAAGAAAAGUAAAGUCAAUUGUUAAAAAAAAACAUUAGCCCACGUUUAUGAGCUUAAAAAAAUCAGUAUUCAUGAUUUUAUGAACCGUACAUUUUUUUCUGGACUUAAAAUUGUAAUCUAAAAUUAAGUAGGAUAGGCCACCAAACAUAUAAGAAAUAAAAGACAUUUGAACAGUAUACCCCU